UACAUCAUUGUUCCAGAAAGAUCCGCAGCUGGCUUGCCCUGGCUCUGUGGCUGCCGCUGUUGGUGUAUAUAAGUGGGCAGGCAGGGCACACACCAGGUUUUUCCCUGAGGUGGAUAGCGCAAGCCUGAGGUCACGAGACGAAAUGGACAUCGCCAUCCAGCAUCCCUGGUUCCGCCGCUCCUUCUGGCCAUCCUUCUUCCCCAGCCGGAUCUUUGACCAGCACUUCGGGGAGCAUAUCACAGAGAGCGAGGUGUUGACCCCCUACCCCUCACUGUACUUUCCUCGACCUUCCUUCUUUCGCUGGCCUAGCUGGGUGGAGAGUGGGCUCUCAGAGAUGAAAAUGGAAAAGGACCGUUUUACCAUCAGUUUGGAUGUAAAACAUUUCGCACCUGAGGAGCUGGCAGUUAAGAUUGUGGGUGAUUACAUUGAGGUUCAUGCUAAACAUGAGGACCGUCAGGAUGACCACGGGUCCAUCUCACGAGAGUUCCUCCGAAAAUACCGACUCCCUACCGGGGUCGACCCAGCCAGCAUCACCUCCUCGCUCUCCUCAGAUGGCAUCCUGACGGUGACGGCCCCUCGCAAGACCUCCGAUGCUCCGGAGCGCCCCAUUCCUAUCACUCGGGAGGACAAGCCCGCUCUGUCUGGCCCACAAAAAAAGUAAAGCUGCUAGAUCUUGUGCAAGUCUGUCAACCCCAGUCUCCCUUCCACUGUGCUCCCCUGCACUUUGCCUCCACCUUCACAUCAUGCUUUGGGGAAGAACAAGAUUCAAGCCCUUGCUAGCAUUUACCUGGGCUCUGACAAGUCUGGAGUUCUGGCCUUUCCAGAGGCUAAUCGCAAUCAAAGGACAUGUUAUUUUGCUAAUUAGUGAUAAUUAGUGCCUUGUCUAAUUUGGUUGGUAGAUCUACACAGUUUCUCCAGAGAUACAUCAUUACACCACAGGAGUAUUGUUUGUGUCCCUCGGCUGCUGGUCAUAAAACACAUGGCUCCACCAAACCAAAUGGCGCUAAACAACAGGGCUCUUUGUCUCUCACAGCUGAUCAAUGCCAAACAAUGGCUACACGGAGUUGAGAAUUGUGAGGGUUUGAGUGUAGGCAGACUGGACCUUUGGGCAUUUGUUGUGCUGAUAUGGUGCAAAGACAUCAGAGAAAGAAUAGUGUGAUGGAAUUUCUGACACCAUAAUCUUGUAUCUCAAAGAAGUGAGAAGUAAGAUUCCUGUAGUUUCACUGUUCUUGUGCUUCAACCACACAAAAUGGGAGGUGGUACUGAGAUUUGCUUUGUGAUUUGAUGUUUCCUGUUCAUGAAGGACUUGGGACCAGACUACAUUCGGAGAUCAGGUGCAGGUAGCGAGGGAAGAGGGGAAACGCUAUGAAAAAAGUGACCUCUGUCUGUUGUUUGUUUCUAUAUGUUUCUGGAGGCACGUCUGUAUGUGACGUUUUGGUGUGAUGUUAUGUGGUUUCUGGAAACAUGCUGUUAUGACUGAGUGCGUCAAAGACGAUACAGUUAGGUACAGUGGAACGAGAAUUGGGGCACACAAAAAACAUCUGAUCUACUGGGUGGUGGUCUUUGGGGCUUCCAGACUAAAUCAAAGGUACAGUUGACUGAGAGGUGUUAGGAUUUCUUAAAGACUGUGUCUACUCACUUUUUAAUGUGCUUCUAAAAGUAUAAAACUGAGCUUGAGAGAAUGAGAGAGUAAGUUCAAGUGUGUGUGUCUAUAUUCUAUAUAGAGGUAAAAGGUUAUGUUGUUUACCAUCUAUCUGUUGGUCACCAUCCAUGUUCACAGCAACGCCUCACAAAAGCACUACUGACAAAGCUGCUAAACAUAAUAAUGUCAUUUUGUGACAAGAAACACUGACACUUUUGAUACAUUCUGACCACUAGGAGGCACAAGUGAAGGGGGGCACACACGUGGGCAUUUCAUGCACUUGGGCUUGACCUUGCUAUUUACACUGUUUUGGGAUCAGCUCUUUCUUCCCAGUCUUUUGAAUCACAGUAAGAACAGACUAUGCAACAGGUCUCAGAUCAGUGUAAAGGCCCGAGUCCCUGAGUUCCAAAUGUCUCUGCUGUUUGUGUUCACUGCUUCAACAUUCCUCAUGAUUCUCAGCAACGUGUAAACACGACAGCUCCAUAUGUGUGUAAUGAUGGUUACAAACUCUAAUAAAUUCUGUGAUCAUUCAAAGGCAAA